GUCCAGCUCCGCGUCAGCCCCUCACCCUGUCUCAUCGCUAGGAUGCCUCGGAUGGCGGCGGUCGUUCUCCCGCUGCUCUUGGCCGCGCUCUGCUCGGCUCAACCGAACGCCGGUCGCUACCUGGAGCAGCUGCUGCCUCUUUCCCGGAGCAAGCUCGAUGCCUCAGAGUUGCAAUUCUUGAGGGUCGCCCAGACGGCCGUCCAGUACCUCAACUACCAACAAGGCUCGCCCAGCUUUCUCCGGAGGGUCGUGUACCUCGGAAAGACUUCGGUCAGGAAUAUCCCAGGAGUUGGACAUGAGUACUCCCUGCAGUUUUAUACAAAACACAUUCAAACCGGGCAAAACCUAGGAAAAUGCAGUGCAAAAGUACUCUACCAGAAGAAAACAUCUAAGCCAAUGAUUACUGUCAGUUGCACAGACAACAGAGAUGCAGACCAAAUCAAGAAGGAAGACUACAACCUAUAUACAAAACUUAAAGUCAAAUCAUCACCAGAUGAAUUAAAAUAUUUCGCCAACAUUGGCAGCAGUUACAUUGCAUGGAAGCAAUCAAGUGAAUAUGUGGGUUACGUCAUGAAGGAAAUCAAAGAUGCAAAGAAAUGGGUACUUGGCAACGCACUUGAAUUUGACUACAUAGUUUUGAUUGGUAGUGAUGAUUCAAAGGACCUUUCCUGUCAUAUGCGUAUUACCUGGAACCUGGAGCUGCCAAUAAAAGUGAAAUAUGAGUGUUUUAUAGAUGACAUUUCUGCAGAAUCCGCAGAUGGCUCUGGGGAAGAGUCGGGUUCCUUUGAGUAUUUCUUGGAAUCUAAUUUUUAAGUAGGGAGGAAAAUCCUUCCAUUUGAUGCAGUUGUAAACAUUUUUGCAAAGGUGUAGUACAUUUUUUGUUAAUAUUCCAAAUUCAGUAUUGAGACUCUUCUAUCUAAAUCAAUGCAAUCUGUCUGGAAGUUUUGCACUUGUCACUUCUGAUCUAUCAUAAAUAUCUCUUUGCUGAUUAAUUUCAUAGAAAUAUUCAUUUUUACAGAUAUUUCUAUUAUGGUAUAUAGAAAAACUGCUGAUACAUCACUAGGUUUCUGGCAUUAGAAGUAACUCAUUAGUAAGGCAAUUUUUAAAUAUAUAUGAAACCUCCAUUUUAAAUAAAUAUUUGAUAAAAUAUUUUUAAAUUUUGGAAAAUAUUUGAUUCUGAGAUUUAACUUAUCUUCAAUAAAAGGACAAGAAUAUA